ACUACGAAAAAUAAGAAAGAAACAACGCAAGCAAGGGUACUAUUUGUGGCAUUUUGCUGACAAAAUUUUUGCAUAGGUGUUUGGUCCAGCAUGUCUCAGAAGAAACAGGCCAAAAUCAAGAUUCAUUAUCAACAACUUGCUGACCUGGAAGAAGAGAAGGAGCGUGUGGAGCGCUAUGUCAACAAUCCUUAUGGAAGCAGUGACAGCCAGAAAAUGAAGGACCUUAACGACUGGUUGAGAAAAGCAAAGAAUUUCAUUAAUGGUUCGGCAAAAAAAUUAAUAGGUCCUGAUGUUGGAGAACGACAUGUGAAGCACGAGUAUUCCUUUAAGCUGUGUCGUAAUUUCAACUCUCCUUGGAAUUGGGAGGAUAUUGGUGUACUUGUGCAAGAAGCUCGUAGAUUACUUGAGGACAUCUCACGAGGAGAUCAGAAUGGGGCAGUUAAUCGUUUCGAGUACUCUGAGUGGACAAAGAAUGUUUUGGACGGGAUUUUGGAGGCAGUUCAAUGUCGUAGCAUCAACACCAUAAGUGUGUACGGGGAGUCUGGUACGGGGAAGACCAUGCUCGUCAGAGAAGUGAAGAAAAUAGCGGAGGAACAAAAGUUAUUUGAUGCGGUUGUUAUGGCAUCUGUGAAGCAGAACCCCAGAAUCCAAGAUGAAAUUGCACGUGACUUGGGUGUUUCUAAUGAACUUACAUAUCAGGAAGCUUCCAAUCGAAGAAAGGAAAGAAAGCUAACAGAAAAGAGGGUCCUCUUGAUUUUGGACGAUGUUUGGGAGCCAGAAAUAUGUUGGAAGUUGUGUGAAAAACUUCCAUUGGAAGAUGAGAAUGAGAACAGGUUAUUAUCUUACAAAAUUUUGCUGACUACUACUAGAGAUAGCCGUGUUCUUUUUGAUUUAUCUGAAAUACAGUUUGAGAUUAAACCAUUAGAAGAAAAAGAAGCAUGGAUGCUGUUUGAGAAGAUAGCUACUUACCGAACUGAAAGUCGUCGUUUGCCAUUUUAUGCAAGAGAGAUUUGCAAGAAGUGUUAUGGUUUGCCCAUUGCUAUUGCAACGCUUGCAAUGGCCUUAAAAGGUGGCAGACUGAAGCGGAAGACUAUUCUACAAGAGCUACAAAGCCAACGAAGCCUUCAUUCACCUUUCUAUAAAAGUUAUGAUUGUUUGAAAAGCUUUGAACUCCAACAAACUUUCUUGCUUUGCAGUCUAAUGGGUCAUAAUGCAGCUAUUCCAGACUUAUUGAAAUAUACCAUAGGCUUGGAUUUAUUCCCAGGAGUCAAAUCUGUGGAGGAAGCACGAGCUGCAUUACUGAAUUUAAUGACUAAACUCAGAUAUUUUUCUUUGUUACUGGAUAGUGGCGGUAAUAUGCAUUUUGAUAUGCAUGAUCUUCUCAUGAUAUUUGCCAAAUCAAUUGCCUUUGGGGAAGUUGGACUGAACAACUGGGAGGAAAUGAAAAGCAUCAAAUGGGUUCAUUUAUCAAAUACUAGUGAGCUUCCAACAGAUCAGUUGAACUGUCCGCAGCUCACUUUCUUUCAUUUGUCAAAAGAGGAUCCUUCUAAACCAAUUCCACCAAACUUGUUUACAGGAAUUGGAGGGCUCAGAGUCCUGGGUUUGACUAAAACUUGGUCAAUGCCCCAGUCAAUUUCCCUUCUAAAUGACCUUCAUACCUUGCGUCUGGAUCAAAGUGUGUUAAGAGAUGCAAAAAUGGGUGCAAUUAUAAGCAAACUGACGAAUUUGCAAGUCCUUAGCCUUGUGGGAUGUGACCUCGAAGAGCUGCCAAAGCAAAUAAGGGAACUAACUAAGCUGAAGGUGUUAGAUUUGAGUGAUUGUACCAAACUCAAAGUAAUUCCACCAGUUGUCUUGUCAAGGCUGCAGGGAUUAGAAGAACUAUACAUGAGAAACAGUUUCAAUCAAUGGGCAGAGGGUGUUAAGGAGCGAGAAAAAGAAAUUGCUAGCCUUUCUGAGUUGAAGCAAUUAACGAAGCGAACUACUAUAGAGGUACAAAUUAAUAUUUGCAAUAUCCAGAAGAUCAAAGGAGACUUGUUCCCUGAAAAUUUGGCAAGAUACAAGAUUUGUGAAGGAGAUAUGUGGCACUCCUGGGAUGGUUAUUGUGGAAGUUCAAAAAUAUUGAAGCUAAAGCUAGAUGCAAAAAUUAGUUCUGAGCAUGCAGUUAAGAAGUUGCUAAAGAAGACAGAGGAACUACAUCUACAGGGGUUGAGUGGUGGCAACAAUGUCGUGAAUGAGUUAGAUGAGGAAGGUUUUCAAGAAUUGAAGUAUCUCUUUAUCCAAGAUGCUCAGAAUGUUCAACAUAUCAUUGACUCAAUGAAACCUGCAUUUCCCAUAUUGGAAGUGUUAGUUCUACAUAAUUUGGGAAAAAUGGAGAAGAUAUGUCAUGGUUUGGUUAAAGAAUCAUCUUUUAGCAAAUUAAGAAUUAUAACGGUUGAAUCAUGUAAUCAACUAAAGAAUUUGUUCUCCUCCUCUAUAGCCAAACGAAAUUUUCUCCAACUCCAAGAAAUUAGAGUGACAAAGUGCAGCAACUUGGAAGAGAUUGUUGAUGACAAUGAGCAAGGGGGCGAAAAAGAUAUCUUGAAGGAACUGUGCUCCUUGAGAUUAGAAGAUCUACCAAAGUUGAUUGCCUUCUGCAAGAGAAUGACACUUUUCCAAGGACAGGUUGCAUCUUUCAGUGCUGGUAAACUGAUGAAAUUGAUCAUUAAGGGAUGUGAUAAUUUGAAAUGCAUUUUCUCAUCUUCUAUGGUUCGAGGUCUAAAUAUGCUGAAACAUCUGGAAAUAAGGAAAUGCAGCAGGAUGAAAGAGGUCAUUUUUAUAGAUAAUAAUGUAGAAGAAAAGAUGAUUUUCCCUCAGUUGAACAUUCUGCAGAUGGAAGACCUUGAAGACCUUGUCAAUUUCUACUUAGGAAAUUGUAUUGAAUUCAAAUCAUUGAAGAAACUGCAAGUGCUGAACUGCCCAAAAUUGGAGGGAUUCAUUGCAAACACACAAACACUCUUCAAUGAACAGGUCGAGUUUCCCAAGUUGGACUUUUUGAGGCUGUCUUCAAUUAACAUUAAGCAAAUCUGGCACAUUUCGAGUAAGCAAAUCAUGUCUUUUGAAAACUUAAAGAACUUGUCUGUGGAGGGUUGUGGUAAUUUGGAGUAUCUAUUGACCUCCUCUAUGGUCAAGAGUUUUAAACAACUCAUGGUGCUCAAGAUUUCUGACUGCAAGAUGAUGGAAGAGGUAAUAAAGGUAGAAGAAAGGAUGUGCGAGAUUUCCUUUCCUGAACUGGACACUCUAGAACUUGAAGAACUUCCCAAACUCACAAGAUUCUAUCUUGGAAACUCCAACGCUACAAUAAGUGAGUGCCUUCCCGCUGCCAGUAUUGAAAAUGUAGAAAAUACUUUUACGCCAUCUCUCUUCCAUGAAAAGGUUGAAUUUCCUAAGUUGAAGUUGUUGAGACUGUCUUCACUUAACAUUCAACAAAUCUGGGAUCUUUCGAUUCCAAAAGUCCGCUCUUUAGAGAAUUCAAAAAUCUCUCCUUCUGUACAGAAUUUAAAAAAGUUGUUUGUGGAGGGUUGUGGCAAAGUGAAAUAUCUAUUAACUUCCUCUAUGGUUAUGAGUUUCAACCAACUCAGAUGGCUCAAGAUUUGUAAUUGUGAAAUGAUGGAAGCGGUAAUAGAUUCAGAAGAAUCCAAGGAAGAAACAAUUUCCUUCCCUGAACUGCACACCCUAGAACUCGUAAACCUUCCUAAACUCACAAGAUUCUAUCAUACAGAAAAUACCAACACACCAUUUCUAUUUGAUGAAAAGGUUGGGUUUCCCAAGUUGAAGUUUUUAAGCUUGUCUUCAAUUGACAUUCAACAAAUCUGGCAAAUUUCAAUUCCAAAAAUCUCUUUGGAAAAGCUUUAUGUGAAGGACUGUGGCAAUUUGAAAUAUCUAUUGUUGUCUUCUAUGGUUAAUAGUUUUGAGCAACUUGUAGUGCUCAAGAUUUGUGACUGCAAGACGAUGGAACAGGUAAUCGUCUCAAAUGAAUUAGUGGAAGAAGAAAUGAUCUGUGAGAGUUUCUUCUCUAAACUGGACACCCUAGAACUUGAAGGCCUUCCCAAACUUGCAAGAUUGUGUCAUGGAAAUUACUCUAAAUUUAAAUUCUCCAAGCUUAUAUGGUUCACCAUAAGCAAGUGUGCUGGGUUGAAGACGCUUAUAGGAGACAAUGCAGUCGGUCCUGAAAUUGUGGAAAAUACUUAUACACCAUCUCUGUUUGAUGAAAAGGUGGAAUUCCCUAGAUUAGAGCGGGUGAUAAUAGAAUCAAACUUUUGGUUAGUUGACUCUUGAUAUCCUUGUUUUCUUCAACCACCUGUGUAAGAAUAGAAUCAAACUUUUGGUUAGUCUUAGUCUGUGCCUCCAUAAAUGCCUUAAGUGUUU